AUGGAGGCCUCCACAAAUCCGCCCCCGCAGGGCCCGUCGAUCAUCCAUCUCGGAUCACAUCCAUCGCGUCUUUAUGGAGGAGCUUCAUUUAACCCCUUGAAGAAACGACAUAGUCAAAAUGGUGAAUUUGUUCCUCCGGUUCCCUUUCUCGCCCGCGAAGCUCUCGCACAAGAGGCGACAACCGAUAACAAUUCUCAUACGAGACACUCUCUGUACGAUGAGACAGGGCCCAGCUCGCUCUCUUACUCCUCCAACUCUCACUUGCCCUCCACCGGUACACCUGGCUCAAGUCUAUCAGUCGCAAACGGGGCCCCUAUGGAGGAUGCGACUCCAACCCAACAAAUGACGCCCGUGCCUAACCAUCCCAGCGCAGAUGUAGACAAGAUCUGCAAAUCACCAACCUGGGACAAACCCAAAAAGAAAGAAACGCGGGUCACAAAGCGCCUAGAAGCCGAGAGAAAGGAACUCGAGAAGCGUUUGCUAGCACUGGAGGAUACCCAAUCCAAGGCCGACCUCGGAGACCAUGAAAGAUCCUCUCGCCGCUUGACCAAGAAACAACCCGUGAGCAGCUCAAGCAGAAGCUCCAGUGCAAAUGCCGAGCGUCCGAGAUCGUCAAGUGGCCUGUCCUCGAUAUUCCGGCGUUCACGCCGGAAUUCAAAUUCGAGUGAGCAAGAUUCUCCGUCUGCCGAGUUUAGCCAGCUUAGGACCGAUACGAACCCACCAUCUCUGCCUUUGACUCUACCGGAAAGGUUUGGAACGGCCAUCACCCGAGAGCUACAGUCCAAGCAUGGUACCGCACUGAACCUAUCCGCUUCGCACAAAAGCUCCAACCCAACCCAGCAUAACCGGUUGCACGCCUCGGCAAAGUCUGAUGAUCUUCGCGAGAACUGGAGGAUGGCUGAAGCCUGGAAGACAAAGGAUGGACGCGAGACCAAUCGGUCAGUGUCGGAACAGAUUUCCAGCCGUACUCGGUCCAUGAUUGGAAAAGGUGCUCGAAACGGCAAGACACCAGCAUCCUCGGGCGAUCUGGACAGGGAGUUGUUUUCUGCAGCUCUGAAGCAUGACCGGAAGAGUGUGCCCGCGGCAGAUAAUCCCCUUGAUCGUGCGACUCGCCAUGACCGUUCUGUCAGGGCUACUAGCAUGCCAACGCAAAGCAUGAGCCAGCCUAACGUCUAUUCAUCCGGUCAUCCUGACUCGCCUGCUCAAGUUACCACGGCUCGUCAGUUGCAGGAGUUAACACCUCCAGAAACUCCAGACAAUCCAUCGACUCCAUCCAGUGCCAGGCCGUAUCCACCACCACUCAACCCAGCACUAAUACUUGCUAGAAAGAGCCGGGUGGAUCCCUUCCCGCGAACAUACAAGUCGUCUCCCCUAGCGCUGAAUCCUGCAAAUACGGAUGAAUCGCCCCAGAAUGAUUCUAAGAUUCCAAAACCACCGACAGCACAAAACCUUGAUGCAAACCCACUCCAGUCACCACAGUCCCCCGCUCAACUUCAUCCCGAGGAUCGGGGAAGAAGCCGAUUGCCUAUCGCUUCAUCGCAUAUCCCCAAGCGAACUUUAAGUCGUUUCAAGGAAAACUUCCAAGAAGCUCCGCAGUCGAUUGAACUGCCACAGAUCCCAGUCAAGAGCGACAGACGGAGUCUCGAAAUUCGGAGAGUUCCAACCACGGCAAACGAUACACUCGAAGACAUUCCAGCAUCUCCUUUCCAGGUGGCCGUCAGAUCUCCAUUCCAUACAGGAAGUGUUUCGCCCGGCGAGAGAAACAACCGAAGGUCGAAAGACCUGUCGGAUGACAAUUACACUGUUUCUGCGAGAUCUCCCCGUCGAGCUUCAUGCACUUCCACCGAACUCCCUGGAAAUAUUAUUGCUAAUGGAGGACCUGGAGCAUUCAUACCAGGACAUAGCCGCAGUCCUUCAUACGCCUCCUCCCAUGACGGCCAUUCGAAUUAUGAUACUGCUGACGAAGAUGCACCCGGAUCUCCUGAUUUCAUACGAAAUUCGCUGACUCGCGUGGAUACCACUCCCUCAGUCUCUGCCGCUGAAGCUUCAGUCAUACAGGAAGCUCCCGUUCGCCCCCUCAUUCAAGCCAAUACCCAGCCAGGCAUCCAACCUAGCAUCCAACCCAGCAUCCUGCCUAUCCAGCAGGCUGCUUCUCACUCCCAUGGUUACCAGGGCAUACAAUCUGCCACUCAGCCCGACAUUCAUCCUAGCAUACAGCCCAGCACCCAACUAGGUACCCAACCCGGCAGCCCCCAAACUCGACCAGGUCCCAUGAGCAUCCUCAAACGAAGAUCCCAAAAAGCGAAAGCAGCCCGCAACCCACAAACCCUUUCCAAGAUCUUCGUAAUCUGCUGUCGCUGCAAGUACUGGCAUGACCUACCUUCCGAAGUCUACGCGCGUCUUGCCUGCCCCGAGCGUAUAGGGUCGGAUUCCAAGGUGGACGGAUCCCGCUCCAAGAAACAACCCGACAGUGGUACCCGCAAGCUGAUAGGCUCACGAUCGCUGCCAUUCGGUCAAUUCCCAGCUCCCCAUGCUACCCAGGGCACGCCCGAUCUACGGCCUGCGCCUCUUCUUCCCCGCAAGGUGACCUGCUGCUGGUGUGGACAUAACAUGAGCCGGUCUUGUUGUGAGGGUUGGACCACUGUCGUUGAGAUGCGUGAGCGUCAUCACUGA